AUGCCUACCGUCCACCCACUCCCUGUCAACCCCACAACCGGUCAGCAGCCACUCGGAGCCCUUCGUGGGUCGAUCAGCUCGGGUGGCCAGUCGUCAUCCGGCGGAGUAAACCGUGAAGUUCUCAAACAGCUGCAGGAUGUCGCUUGGAGUGACGAAGAGGAUGACCCCGAUUGCAUGGUUUGUGCCGAGCCCCUCGACCUGUCCGAUCAGAACUUCAAGCCCUGUCAAUGCGGUCUGCAGAUCUGUCAAUUCUGUUACAACAAGCUCCUGCGAGACGAUCCGAGGUGCCCCGGUUGUCGUCGAAAGUAUGAUGCCGCGUCCGUCGUCUUCCAGCCUGUGGACUUUGAUGAAGCGAAGGAGAAGAAGGCUAGGCGAGCGAAGAUCACCAAGCAGCUCGACACCAUGGGACGGCGUCACUUUCUCGACACGCGGAUUGUCAUGAAGAACUCGGUCUAUGUCGUUGGAAUGAAAAUUCCAGGCUCUUCACCGGAAGAGUCUGUUUCCAUCCUUCGAUCGAACGAGUACUUUGGACAGUACGGCAAGAUUGCGCGACUGUACUUGAAGGACCGGACCGCCAUCUCUUCUGUGACGCCCGGUCCCGAUAGCGAUACACCUGCGACAUCCACGGGUAUCUACAUUGUUUACGUUCGACGCGAGGACGCUGCACGGGCAAUCUCAUCUCUGGACGGUAUCCCUGCACCCCAGGGUCCUCCAGGACAGGUGCUUCAUGCUUCGUACGGAACAGCCCGGUAUUGCGACGCCUUCCUGCGAGGCAUGAAGUGUGACAAUGCUCACUGCCAUAACCUGCACGAAUGGGGAGGCGAAGGCGACUGCUUCACGCGCACCGACCUAAUCACCGCCCUCACUCGUCCGGCAGAGUACGACGCACGACAGAAGCAAUCGCAGAUCCAGCCGCCACCGUUAUCCUCGAAGUCUGCGUGGCCAAAGCCUUCCCACGACGAUGUCGACGCGAACACGGCCCUUCCGCGCAGCGCAAGCUGGGGCAUGCGCCCUUCGCCUGCGCGUCCGGGAUCGGCGACGGGCCGUCCAUCGCCUGUGGGCUCGUCUCGACCUACGAAGAUCCAGAGCACACUGAUCCCUCUGGGACGGAGCUCUGCUGCAUUUCCGCCGCCGGCACCCUCACCCGCGCCGCCGGUUCAUCAGAAGAAGGAGAAGAAGCCGCAAAACAUGACACGUGUGCGGAGCGAAGCUUCCAGUGCCGGUUCUGCGGGAGCUGUCGGUUCUAUCACGACCGGCAGCGCCCACAACUCUCCGAAGAAGAAGCCAGUCACCGUCAACAUCACGCCACACCAACCCGCAACCUCAUCAUCUUCCACUUCCACCCCCACCACCAAAUCCGCACCCCCGCCUCCACCUGGACUGGCCCCGCCCCCAGGACUCGGUCCCUCAACAACCGAGAAGACCAAGACCAAGAAGGAGCCUACGCGUACGCCGACCCCGCCUGCCGCCGAGGAGCCCACGCCCCCGCCUGCUGUCACGCCCGAGUCGGACAAGGAGAAGGAGAAGAAGGAGGUCCAGCCCGAAGCUGGGCCCUCUUCUCAGCCUGCGACCAAGCCAACGAAGAAGGACACCGAGUACCAGAUCCACUCGCCCUACCCGGACUUCGACGAUGUGUUCAUGGAGCCCAACGCGCGCGAUGCCGGUUUCUCGUUCUCUCUCGGAAUCGACGAGGACGAGUGCAAGCGCCUGCUUGCGCUCGCUCACGAGCUUGGCGCCUUUGAGCCGACAGAGUUUGACCCGCUGUUCGAGCAGCUUCCCAAGCUGGGCAUUCCGUUGACGUCGCUGAUUGCGCUGCCGCGGUUCGAUGCCAUCAGCGUGGGUGCUUACUCUGGAUCGUUCGCUCCGUUCGCCCCCUCGUCGCCGCUGGAGACCGGAUCGGUGCCCACGUCUGAUGAGCCCUCCGCCGAGGCGAGCUCAACGUCGGACGCGGACCCGGCACCGCGCACUGCGUCGCGGUUCGAGUUUGCGCGCCGUGGCAGCUUGGCGUCUGGGUCGGCUAGGAGUGGCUCGCCGUUCCGCGGGCGGGAGGACUGGGGCCGCGCGCCGAGCUCGAACGGCUAUGCGCCGGAAGAGCCGCGCGCUCCGCAGCACUUCCACCCGGCGCUCGCGCAGCUGAACAGCGGCUCUGGUCUCUCGCACUCGGCUCACUCUGCCGCCUCGGAGCGUGGUUCAGAGUAUGGCUACGGCCAGCCGCCGCGGCCCUACCAGCCCUCGGGCUACGGCAGCGCGUACGGCUCUCCGCAGCGCGAGACGCACUACGGCGUGCCGCCCGGGUACAACGAGUACCAGCAGCAGCAGCAGCAACAGCAGCAGCAGGUCUACGGCGGCGUCGGAUACGGGCAGAGGCGGUUCUAA